AUUUGUUGGCUUAGUCGUAUGCAAUCCCAGGUCAAUAGAACAUCGAGCGUUUCUAUUGUAUUCGAUCUGUUUGCGGCUAAGUUCUAUAAGACUGGAAUUCUCAUAUGUUUUUUUAAUAUGUGGUGGUGCCAACAAUUAUAGUAUGGAACUGACAAGCGUUCAAUUUAGUCAGCGUCGGUUAGGGAGCAAUAAAGUGAAAGGGAAAUGCAAUUUAUUUUACCGACAGUAAUUGUCAGAUUGUUAUGUAUCUCCAAUGACGAUAACUUACUAUCACAACAGUUUAGUAGAAUAUUUGAUGGCCAUCAAAAACUGGAGGCAUAAUUAUUGAAAUGGAUUAUUAUGAUUAUGAUGGACCCCACAGAGCACAUACACAACAAGGAAAUGGCUAUAGACAAGGCUAUCCAACUGGGAAUCGAUAUGACAAUGGUGCAUAUGAUAACCCGGACACUUAUCAAGGCUUGAGAUAUCCAAGUGGAGGUUCAAUGGAUCAUGACGAUGAGCCAGAUACGUUGGGUAGAACUAAAUUGGGCAAAAGGGGAAAACUGGUAACGUUUUACAGAAAUGGUGACAAUAACUUCAAGGGUUUUCAAACAUCUAUAAACAGUAAGAUUCGUAGUCUUGAGACUCUUUUGGUCGAUUUAACGAGCAAGAUUCCAACUACGACAGGUAUACGCUAUAUAUUCACUUGGCCAGAUUGCAAAGAAGUUAGAGACCUUAGUGAGUUUGAAGGAGGUCGGUCGUAUAUAGCGUCGUGUGUUAAGAAGGUCAAUAAAACCAUCAAUUAUGGAUCCGUAAGCAGAGAGCAGUUUUGGCAGACUAAAAAACCGUCCGCGGGAAGACAUAGAGAAGAUGAUAAAAGAUUUCUUUAUAACAUUAAACCCAAACAAGUUAAUAGGCCACCUGUGUUAAGUAGAAUGAGCGCUGGUAUUGCGGCCGCAAAUGAAACUCCAAGAGAAACCGAUACGUCUGACACAUUCAACACUUGGCCCAGGAGUCAGAACAUGAAAGCCAAAAAUCGUAAAUCCCGAAAUUUCCAAGAUGAUGAUAGCGUGGCAAUGGACUAUGAAGAUACAAAUACCAGACGUUCUGGCAGCAAUGGUGAUAUAACUAGCCCUAAUCAAAAACCGACACCAGGUAAAGUCCUUACUGUGGUAAACAAUCUAAAUAGGCAGAUUGAGGAGAAAGUUAUGUUUAAUCCAGGUACAACACAAGAAUUUGAGGAGAUCAUGGAAGACAUUAGUGAUAUGAUGAAGAUACCACAAGGAGCGUUCACUGGCUUAUUUGCUGGGACUCAUCCGUUUAAGAAAAUUGAGAGCUUCAGUCAGCUGUUGAGGACAGUGGAGAAAUGUGACAAAUUUAUUGCAUGCUCUCUAGAGGGUGUGCCUCAAGAGAUCCUUAAAAGGGAACGUGAAGCUCCAAGUAGCAACUCAAGCAAUGACUCCACUGGUAUGCGAAAACCAAGAAAACACUCCAGGCGAUAUGAAAACUUGGAAAUUGAUUCAAUGAGCUCCCCAGAACAGAUGAGUCGUCACGAAUCAACAGAAGAUCGCCUGAACAGAGCGAAAUUGCUCAAUGUAAAACCAGUUACUGUUGACAUACAUGGUUUAAGACGAGAAUUCUAUGCUCCGAGUAAGACAAACCCAGAAGACAAUGGAGCCAAACCAGACAAGAAAUUGAAACUAGAAUGGGUGUAUGGAUACAGAGGCCAAGAAGCCAAGAAUAACUUGUAUGUAUUAAGAACAGGAGAGCUGGUGUACUAUGUAGCGACUGUAGCAAUUGUGUAUGACAAGGAAAAGGAGACUCAGAAACACUAUAUGGAACACACAGAAGACAUCACAUGCAUGGCCCUCCAUCCCACACAAAACUAUGUCGCAACUGGACAGCAGGUUGGAAGCAGUGCAACUGCAAUAUUGCCACAUAUAAGAAUAUGGGAUGCCAAAUCCUUGUACACUUACAAGGAAAUUGGACUGGACUUAUUCCAGUAUGGUAUCAACACUCUGGCCUUCUCUACUGAGAGUGGUGGAGAUUUGUUACUUGCUGUUGAUGCAAGUGAUCGACAUGUUCUCUCAGUGUGGGACUGGCAAGCUGGAACCUUGACUGCAAAAACAACCCCUACAAAGUGGGAAUGUGAUUACUCAAAGUUUGCAACAACAUCUGAAGUUGUGAUAUCUGGCUGCUUCUAUCCCCAAGAUGACACUAUCAUCAUCACAUAUGGCAGACAGCACAUCUUCUUCUGGAAGAUCUUCCAGGAUUCUAAGAUAUACAGGGAUAAAAAGAGUGGUGUAUUCAAUGACGAAGUUCCCAAGUUUGUGACAUCUGUUGCAUUUGCCCCAAAUGGUGAUGUCAUCAGUGGGGAUAGUAAUGGUAGUAUUCUCAUCUGGAGCCGCAAUGACAGUGAUCAGUUUGCUAUUAACCGACAUAUCUCAGAUCACAUGUCACACGCACAUCAUAAAAGUGUAUUUGCCCUCUGCAUGAAAGCUGAUGGUAUUCUCCUAUCUGGAGCUGGCUCAGAGAUUAAAGCCUGGGACACAAGCAGUGAAUACAGAUUCAUUAAGGAGAGAAUGUUGCCAGAUACAGCCGGUACUAUUAGGAAUAUGCUACCACAUAACCAACAAGACACUGAUGGACAACUCUAUAUAGGAACAGCCAAUAACUCAAUUCUCGAGGGAUCUCUACAAAACAAGUUCACUUACCUAAUACAGGGCCACCAUAAAGAGGUCUCAGGACUAACCUGUCAUCCUACAGAACAGACCUUCAUUACAGCUGGUCUUGACAAGGAGGUCUGCAAAUGGGCACUUUAUACACACAACCUCAUCUGGAAGUCUAAUAUUGGGCUGGAGUGUGUAUGUGUUGCCUUUGAUCCUCAAGGCUUAGUGAUGGCCAUUGGUACAACAGCUGGACGGUUUGUUAUUCUAGACUCCAGUAGUGGCAACCAUGUGGCUUCAAUACAAGUGGGCAAUGAUGACAUAACAACCAUCAGCUUUUCACCAGAUGGGAAGAUGCUUGCUGCUGGUUGCCAAGACAACAUCUUCCUCUACCAAGUACUAGAUGAUGGCCAGUGUUUUCGUAAACACAAGACUGGUGUCUUGAGUGGACAUAGCAACUAUAUAAGGCAGCUUGACUGGUCAACAGACAGUCGUUAUAUACAGAGUGUAUCAGCUGAUUAUGAUCUCAUGUACUGGGAUAUAGGCAAGAUGCAAUGUGAGAAGCAGGGAGCUUUAUUGCGUGACAGUCUCUGGACCACACAGUCAGCCACACUUGGACAUGCUCUCUUAGGUGCAUGGUCCAACCUUGAGAAAGAUGAAGACAUAGUGUGUACAGCCAGGAGUAACAAACACAUCACUCUAGCAGUGGGAGACAACACAGGCAGCCUCCGACUCUACAAAUACCCUUGCUCAAAACAAAAGGCGGAUUUUAUUGCGAUGAAACCUUACUCUAAGUCUACAAAUAAUGUAUGCUACACAAAUGAUGAUACUUUCCUGAUAACAUCUGGUGGCUCAGAUGCUGGCCUGAUGCAAUGGUGCAUCAAAGACAACAAACAGGCCAUGCUGCCACUGCCAGCGUCACCUUUCUCCAUGCAAGAUACACUAUAGAGGGAUACGUUGUAGAUGAGCAUACUAUAGAGUGGCAUACUAUGGAUGAAUGCACUGUAGAACGGUAAAUUGUAGAGGCAUAUUGUAGUAGGACAAGAGGCAAAUGGACAAGAAACAUUCGUGCCAUACUACCACAGUUUAAAAUUCAUGCAAGUGAAACCUGACUUGUUCAAAUCUGAAUACUGGACAGAUUUAGACUAUGGUAAUAUUCUAAUGUAUAACUGUGCCAUUUGUCGUCAAGGAAACUGUGAUUAUGUACAUAAGAACCAAUAAAUAUUUUUCUAUUAAUUUAUUAUGAAACAUUCUAGAUGUGUGAGAUUACACAAUGUUUUCAUAUAUAUUUCAUAGAUGGUGCUUUUAUCAAUAAAUUGAUGAACAAAUAAAUAAUAGUUCUGUUUGAAAAUAGUGUGGCCAUUAGUUUAGUUUCAUCAACAUA